CCCGUCCUACUACAGCCCGCUAUCGCAGCUACAAGGGGUGCCCCAUAGUCACCGGGUUUACCGUUGCGUCCACUCUCGCCGGCUCUGACCCCAGGCGGCCUGACUCGGCGUCAUGGCUGCCAGUUGACGAUCGCCGGCUGGCGUGCUUAAAUAGCGGCCAUCAUCGUCGCGUGCAGCCCGGGACAAUGGGCUCUCUUUCUGGAGCACGGAGCUUCACUCGCUUCCCCCACACUCAUUUGAUCCUUCUCGGACCGCAUCGCUUGCCAGCAGCUAGUCAGCACUACUGAUUAUACGCCUCCACACCACGGCAACGAUGUCUCUCUCUAUCAAGGCUCUGGCCCUUUUCGUGGCCGGCACCCUCGCUCAGCGCCAGCGCCUCCUCGCCCCGGCCUCUGACAUCAACUCGCCCGCCGGCGCCAACGCCAAGGAGCCCUUGAAGUGGGUUGGUGCCAAUGGCCCGUGGCUGCCUGGCGACAACGUAAACGGCAUCUCGCCCGAGGUGCCCGAGGGCUGCGUGGUCGACCAGGCUGCCUAUGUGUCGCGCCAUGGCUCGCGGUAUCCUGACAAUGGCGCCUACAACGGCUGGGUGUCGGCGGUGGAGCGCUUCUCGGCCGGCGGCUACACGGCCUCGGGCGCGCUGUCAUUCCUGCCCAGCUGGAAGCCCGUGCUCGAGACCAAGAAUUUGCAGGUCGCCAUGGAGAACCCGACGGGCACCAAGGAGGCGUUCGACUAUGGCUACACGCUGCGCACGCGGUAUCCGGACUUUUACAAGACGGGCGACGAGUUCAUGGUCUGGGCCAACAACUACACACGCGUCCUGCAGACCGCCGAGAAGUUUGUCGGCGGCUACCUCGGGGCCUUUGCGCGCACCAACGGCAGCAUCAUCUCCGUCACCGGAAAGGGAUUCCCCCAGGCCAUUGGCGACACACUCGCUCCAUCCGACAUGUGCCCGACCUUCAAGGACAGCGAGGGCUCUGACCAGGUUGCGGCAUGGGACGCCAUCUGGAUCCCGCCGGUCCUGGAGCGCCUGCAGGCCAUGAUCACAGGCAACCUGACCCUCACCGCGGACGACAUCUCGCAGGGUCCGUACCUGUGCGGCUUCGAGAGCACCAUCACCGGCCGCCUGAGCCCCUGGUGUGACAUCUUCACCGACGAGGAGUUCCGCGCGUACGAGUACCGCAACGACCUGCGUUACUACUACGGCAUCGGCCCCGGCGCGCCCGUCAACAAGAAGAUGAUGACGCCCUACCUGCAGGCCCUCAUCAACCUGUUCAAGCAGGGCCCGGGCAUCGAGGGCCUCCGCGAGGACGGCGUGUCGACCUUUACCCUGCCCCCCUUGGUUGUGUCGUUCCUCAACGACGGCCAGCUGACCGAGCUUGUCACCUCGAGCGGCGUGUUUGAUGCCCAGGGCCCGCUCGACCCGGAGAGCAAGGACGAUGGCCGCCUGUGGAACGGCAACCGCUACGUCACGAUGCGCGGCACCAUUGCCUUUGAGCGCCUGAGCUGCAAGUCCCGCCACACCGGGUCUGCCACGCGCAUGCGCAGGACUGCGGCCAAGAAGCGGUCCUGCCACGGCGGCCCUCCCCACGGCCCCGGCAACGGCACCCUCCCGAUCCCGCCCUCGGCCACCUCGAGCUCCGUCUCCGUCUCCGCCACUGCCAGUGCCUCAAUUACUUCCAGCGCUUCCUCCUCGGUCCCGACCCCGACCCCGACCGACCCGCCCACCAACCCGGGCGAAGAUGCCGUGUACAUCCGCGUCCUGCUCAACGACGCCGUGUACCCGAUCCCGUCGUGCCAGAACGGGCCCGGCCGCUCGUGCCUGCUGGACGAGUACGUCGAGUACAUUGAGCGCAAGGUGGCCGACGAGGGGGACUGGCUUGAGACGUGCAACGUGACGGACCCGGCGGCCCCGACCAAGGUCAAGGGCGCCAGCUUCUAUACGGAUCUGAGCAGUCCUUGGUUGAAGCGUGUCUCUGUUUGAGGAACAAAGGCAUUAGCUUGAUGUUUGCUGCGCGAGGACUUGUUAGAAGGAGGGCAGUGGAAAAUCAUGAGCAAGACAGGUAGUCGCGAUUAAUGCUAAUGCUAAUGAUGAGUUGC